GUCAUUUAGAAUGAUGAAAAUUUCAGAUAGAACAUCUUUGAGUAAAGUAUCUGGUAUAAUUCAAACACAAACUAAGGUGCCGAAAAGGCAAAGAAAAUUAAUAAAUCAAACAUACUUCGGCCGCAGUAGAAAUAUUCCUGUUUUUAAUUGUUUUAGACUGUUUAAAAGCAUAACCACAUUGGAUGGCUCAUUGUACCUAAGAUUUUUAAACAAAACACCAAUAAUGACCCCUCAAAACUACAUGGAAAGUACUCGGAACUGUUCAUCUUUCAUCACUGACAGAGGCUAUAUAACACACCAUUUGACAGCAGAGGAACGGAACUUUCCAAUAGCAUUUAGUAUUCUUAUGUAUAAAGAUGUAGACCAAGUUGAAAGACUUUUACGUACAAUUUAUAGACCACAAAAUAUUUACUGUAUUCACGUUGACUCUAAGACAGAUGACGCAUUAUAUAGAGCAAUUCAAAAUAUAAGCCAUUGUUUUGACAAUGUGUUUGUUUUAAACAAACGAGUAAAUGUUACAUGGGGAGAAAUGUCCGUUUUAGAGCCGGAACUUUUGUGUAUGAAAGAAUUGUUGACUCGGAACAAACGUUGGAAAUAUUUCAUCAAUCUGACAGGGCAGGAAUUUCCAUUAAAGACUAAUUAUGAAUUAGUUAAAAUUCUACAAGCAUAUAAUGGUUCGAACGAUGUGGAAUCAUCAGUAACAGAGUAAGAAUUGUGUACCAAAUUUGAGCAUGUUAGAGUGACAUUAUGCUCAUGCUUUCUUUGUUAAGUUUAGCUGAAUUGACUACAUAUUGUACAAGAUUGCUUGUUCUCAUGACCACUAA